AUGCGCACUAUUGUGCUCGUCCUCUCUCUCAUCUUUCAUGCGUUUGCUAUCCUUGACGCUCAAUCGACCCCCCAGCACGAAGAAAUCGAUUCUGACAUGGUACUUGUUGUGAAGCACAACAACGAAAGUCAAAUGGUCGUAACCAAUGACGACAUGCGCAAUAUAGAAGAAGAACGUGUACUCGAGACUGAAGCCAUUGCAAAAAUAUUAGAGACGGGAAAGAUGAAGACAACUGAUGCGCUAGAUGACAAUCCGGGAUUCUUAUAUCAAUUAAAACGGUGGCCUCAAUCAGCAUAUCAGGCCUUUAGGUCCUUACUUCAUAGGUGGGUAGCCCACAUAAAUUUUGAGACGGCGAAGAAACUUUUAGAUCGUAAAACGGAUGGAUUUGAUGAAGCGAUCGUCCAAGGUUUUACCCCCAACUUUAUCAAUACCAUGAUUGAGUUUAAAACGCGACAGGGCGAGGACGGUCUGCCGUCGUCGACAGUUGUCGAUGAGCUUGCUUUUCGGUUCCGCGACCUGUUGGGGAUUCCAGGAACUACCGAUACACCUGUUUCGUUGAAUGGAAUUUGGGAUGCAACUGUGUCUCGCGGCGGGUUUUUCAAUAAUUUGAAUAACCAGCUUAGGACUACAAAAGCGCUCAUUGAAAAGGACGCAAACGUCGAUGAAUUGAUGUCUUUCGAUGUGCAUCCAAUCCUGUACAAGAAAGCGCUGCUAGAUUUAGAUAUAUUGGAUGAAUCAAAGACUUACACUCUGGAGGAGUGGAACGCUAAUUCCAAGCUGCAACGAUUUCUCGAAUACCUUGAAUUUACGAAUAACAUGCCUGUCCCGAAAAGUAUUACGGAAAAGCCAUUGGAAGUCGCUGAGGUAGCAGCAUGA